GUGUGUUAAAGUCUGUUUGAUUCAUCAUGUUAUUCUUAUUCUAAGAUGUGUAUUUUAAUUUUGUUGAAACGUAUUGUAAGAGUUUAGUUGUUGAUUAUUAAUUGCUAGUUAUACAAUCUUGUCCUGUCAUGGUAAUAUGCUUUUAUUCCGAAUUAUCAUAAGCUUUCAUAAAAGAAUUGCUUUAGAUUAAGACCACCCAUUUUCUUUGGCAUUGUUUCUUGUCUUUUAAGGCACCUCCAUUAGCUUCAAGACACAGUUUCUACAGGUUUGAGAAAUAUCAUGGUAUCCAAGAAAAACAAUGCUACCUCUUCCAACAAGUCGAAAGCAAAUGCUGGCGAAGCAGCAUAUCUUCAAUCGCUCAAUAAAGAACAGCUGAAGCGGGAACUGAAACGUCGUGGAAUAAAGACUUCGGGCAGCAAAACGGAAUUGCUGCAGCGGUUGUCUCACAAUAUGUCUGCUCCACUGAAACGGAGGACUGAUUCUGUACCAACAAGUCCUCUUUCUUCAGCUAGUUUACCAGAAAAUCACCAUAAAGCGAAUGGUGAUAACAAUUUAGUAGGAAUGAUAUCCUCAAUAGAUGAAAAGACUCGAGAGCUGGAGAGAGAGGAGCGUGAGUCUUUAGUUUUGUGGAGACAUCCAUUAAAGACCCUAAAUUUCUUCUGCUGUGAGCUAUGGAUUAAUAUUUACACAUAUGCACAUACACUUUUAAAACACCGGCUCACAGUGUUUUUAACAAUCCUAGUCAGUGCAGCUUUCUAUGUGCUCUAUGUCAUUCCGGGUCCUCAUCAACAGUAUAUGCAAGCUGGAAAAUCUGAAAUAUCCUGGUGUCUAUACUGGGUUGGUUUAGGUGUGCUGUCUUCGGUUGGCUUGGGAACCGGGCUGCAUACAUUUUUGUUGUACUUAGGCCCGCACAUUGCAAGUGUCACCUUGGCUGCUUAUGAAUGUGGAGGUCUGAAUUUUCCUCAGCCUCCAUAUCCCGAUGAGAUUGUGUGUCCCUCAACUGUGGAUCCCAGAUGGGUUGCAAGCAUAUGGAACAUUAUGAGCAAAGUCCGUGUAGAAAGUUUCAUGUGGGGUGCUGGAACUGCAUUAGGAGAACUCCCUCCUUAUUUCAUGGCACGUGCUGCUCGGUUGUCAGGAUAUGACCCAGAUGAUGAAGAUGAUCUAGCAGAAUUUGAAGAGCUUCAACGAAAAAAAGAAAACCCAGAGCUGCUGAGCACUGUUGACCGCUUGAAGCUCUUUGUGGAAAAACUAGUCGAAAAAAUUGGAUUUUUUGGGAUAUUGGCAUGUGCUUCGAUACCUAACCCUCUCUUUGACCUUGCUGGUAUUACCUGUGGUCAUUUUCUUGUCCCAUUUUGGACAUUUUUUGGAGCUACUCUCUUAGGGAAAGCAGUUAUUAAAAUGCACAUUCAAAAAGUUUUUGUGAUAGUUGCAUUUAAUGAAACACUUCUUGCCAAAGCUGUAGAUUUAUUAGGGUCUGUACCUGUGGUUGGACCUAGACUACAGCAGCCUUUCUCUGCAUUCCUUGUGAAACAAAAGGAACGUCUCCAUCGCAAAGGAAGUGAAUCACCUUCAGGAUCGGAAGGAAACUUAUUAUCAGCAAUCUUUGAAAAGUUUGUUGUGGCUAUGAUUAUAUACUUUGUUGUUUCAAUUGUGAACUCUCUUGCACAGAGCUAUCAUAAACGACUUCAUUCUAAGUCAAAGAAGACCACCAAGAAGUCUAAGGACUAACUGUGCCAAUGCUCAUUUCACCUUCUUUCUCUAUAUGAUUUUUGUUGUGGAUUAAGGUUAUCAAUGAAUAUAUUUUUAUUUUUGCAAGGUUGUGUAUUCAUAGAGGUUUUGUACCCAUUCCUCAUUUUUACUUUUUUUGUGAUCUGUGGAGUAGAAUUUGUGGAAUUCUCUCCAAAAUAAGUAGGAAAGUUCAAAGUAGAGUUUUCAUUAUAUUAAUGAUGAUUUUGUGUCAUACUAAUAUAAAAAUAAUCAAUCUAAAUAUCAUAUGCCAUUAGCCCAAUUUGUCUUAGUUGGGUAUUGUAACUUUCAUUUUAUGUAUGAAUAUUAUUUACCCUUGGGGAAUAUACUGGCUUUCUGGUAUACUUCUUUCCAGGAGGUCAUUUUUUUUUUUUUUUUCGUUUCCAAUUAUAAUGUGAAGGCCAGACAACUGGAGUUAAUAUAUUUUAUCUAGUUAAGGUAUGUUUUGUUUUUAUGUGAAGGGAAAUCAGAUGGUAAAGCUACCUGGUACAGCUACAGGCACCAAAUUUCAAUCGUAGAUAAAAUACGAAGACCAAGGUUAUAUACGGUGAAUAACAGAAUGGGGACUAUUUUAUAUCAAUUUGGGGAUUACAUUAUUGAAAGUGAAACUAUUUUGCUUUUUCGUCUCCAGUCUUUCAACAAAAUAAGUUUUUUUCUCAAAACAUUUUUUCUUAAAGAAAUGUAAAAUAUUUUGUAGUUAGUUAAAAUGCAUCUUUGAAGCAAGCCUAUUACUGUCAAUCAGAAUCAGCUUGAGACUGAGGUUCUGAUCAAAAUUCCUGUUAGGUCUCUGAAAUAUUCAGUAUGGCUUGCAAUAGAGUGCCUUUCUAUGAUGAAGUUUUUCUAGUCUGACUUAGAAGUGUAAUGAUGGAAACUGUUUACAGUACUUUAUACCUGUUGGAAAGUAAGGCAAGUAAAAUAUCAUCCAUUAGCAAGAUCCAUCCAUUCAAUCAUUUCAGAAGUGCUUAUUUUUGUAAAGAACUCUCUCUGAAGUCUGAUUUAGUGAGCAUUCAUGCAUUAGUCAGUCAGAGUACUGUAAUUUCCAGGAGCAAUGUAUUUUAAUUGCUACACCAUUUUUCAUUCUGCUUGAUGUGGACUGAUCUUUGUUUAUGGGGGUCUAAAAAAAUAAAAUUGAAUAUUUCUUGCUGCCUUAUUUUGAAAAAGAAAAUUUUUAUGUAAUCUAAUGUGCAUUUCAGUUUCCAUGGAUGUAUAAUUACACCCUACUCGAUGCUAUGUAAUGAACAUUUGAUAAUGUCUUGCUAUGACUUGUGAUACAAGUUGUUUCUUAGUUACCCAAUUUGUAAAUAAGUGUGCAGAAUUUCCGUGUUUGUAGAUUUAUCACUGUUGUAUUAAAACAACUAUAUAUUGUGAAAGAGAUAUCGGAUUGCGAUUUUGUCAAUAUUCCAGAGAUGUUAUGAUAAAUUACUCGUGAGUUCCUGUUUGAGUAUCAUCUUUUCAUUCCUGAGGAAUGUUUGUAUUUUUCCACAAAGUUUGCUCAAAGUCACUCAUUUUUGCAGCAAUGCAAUAAUCUCUUUGCUUUACUUCUGAGUGAAGUGGUGCUGAUUUUACGUUUUGUUCUUGUACUGCUUGUUAUGACUGUCCCUAAAGCUUUGUGAGAUGUGUGGUCAUUGUUUUCACGAAAAAGACAGUUUGUGUUCAAUUUUUACAAUUAUCAGUUCAAAGACAGCACUUUUAACAGGUAUGAUAUUGCUAAGACCAUUUUUCAGGAAAGCCCCAGUGUGCUUGGUUGUAUUUAUCUCUUUCAUUUGGUGGAAUGUCUUCCAAAUAUUCUGAAUUAAUUAUGUGUAGCUUCCUUGGUGUUGAAGUGGUUUGUAUGGUUGCUGGUUCCUGUAUUUUACCUUCGACUUUCAAUUAUUUGUACACUUAUUGGAAAAUUGGUGUUGCAUAUCUUUUAAGGGGGUCAUAACUUGGCCAGUUUAGUUGCAAAUUCCAGUAUUUGAGUGUGUAUUAAAGUUCAAUAUUAGCAUGUUUCUCCAUGCAAUAUUGAGUGUAUCUUCAGUGUGACUUUAGUUCCUACUAGAAGUUCAAUAUAUUGCUUUUCGCAAUGAGGUCAUUGCUCUGACCAUAAAUAAAGCAAGUUGAGUGCAUACAGUU